CCCACACACGGUUGAGACGCGCCCUCCCUCCCUUCGCUUGGCAAAAUCUCUCCAACUUUCUCUCUCUCCCCCCCUUUCAAAUAUCUGUUAACCAGUUUCACUUUUAAUCACUCAUCAUGGCUUCUAACAAACUCAAUCUCCUCCUCUUCUUCUUCUUCUUCAUCACCACCGUCCAUUCCCGUCCACUCCUUUCUGAUCCCUCUGAUCUAUUGGUAUCUGAUGGGCUCCAUACUAACCGGACUUCGUCGCAUAUCAACCUCUGGGGCUCUGCAGCGGCUGAGGAAACCUGUGAGCAGAGCUACGGAUUCUUGCCAUGCACCACAACGGCGCUGGGGAAUAUGUUCUUGAUAAUAGUAUAUGGUUACCUGAUGUUUAUAGCAGCUACUUACUUGUCAAAUGGGAGUGAGCUCUUGCUUGAGAUAUUGGGUCCUGGUAUUGUUGGUGGCCUUUUUCUUCCUAUACUUGGCGCUCUUCCUGAUGCCAUGCUUAUCCUUGUAUCUGGACUUUCUGGAAGUAAAGAAACAGCACAAAGCCAAGUAUCUGUUGGAAUGGGUUUGCUGGCAGGGUCAACUGUCAUGCUGCUUACCAUCAUUUGGGGCUCCUGUGUUGUUGUUGGAAAAUGUGAUAUUCGCGAGGCAGAUUCUAUCGCGAUAAGUGGAAGGGACACCAGGGGUAUUAGCUUAACUGGCUCUGGUAUUACUACUGAUACUUGGACUUGCUAUGCUGCAAUGAUAAUGGCUAUAUCUAUUAUCCCAUUUCUUGUUGUUCAACUACCACAACUCCUUAAUUCAACUUCAGGAAGGCACUUGGCAGUUUUAAUUGCCCUUAUCUUAUCUCUACUAAUGUUGAUUUCUUAUUGCGUUUAUCAGGUCUUUCAGCCAUGGAUCCAAAAGAGACGGCUUGCUUAUGCAAAGCACAAACAUAUGAUAUCAGGAAUUUUAAAGCAUUUAACAGAGCGUGGGCUGGGGAAGUUCUUGACUGAGGAUGGUCGACCUAACAAACUUGUGAUGCAAAAGUUGUUUUAUGCUAUUGAUGAGAAUAAAGACAACAAACUCUCUGCUUCCGAAUUAAAAGCACUGAUAUUAGGAAUUAGGUUUGAAGAGAUAGAUUUCGAUAAGGAUGAUGCAGCGGGUAAAGUAAUGAAAGAUUUUGAUACAUCUAGGGAUAAUAGUAUUGAUUUGGAGGAGUUUGAAAAUGGUAUUUCCAAAUGGCUUGAAGAGGCAAAGCGAUCAGGGGCAGUCUUCACUGAUGGUUCUCGGACGUCCAAGUUUCUUGAUGAUUUUCAUUUCCUAACAAAGAGAGAACAUACUCUGUUGGGGCCUGAGGAACGUAUCGAGGAUCAAAGUGAUGAGGUUGUAGAGGGUGUCGAAAACCCUAGAUGGAUCUCCUUCAAAGCCGUGUUGAUGUUGUUACUGGGAACCAUUAUUGCAGCUGUAUUUGCAGAUCCUUUGGUGGAUGCUGUUGACAAUUUUUCUGAUGCAACAAGUAUCCCUACUUUCUUUAUCUCAUUUAUUGCACUGCCCUUGGCUACCAACUCCAGCGAAGCUGUAUCAGCAAUCAUCUUUGCUAGUCGGAAGACACUUAGAACUGCGUCGCUUACAUUUUCUGAGCUAUAUGGUGCAGUAACAAUGAAUAAUCUCCUUUGCCUUUCAGUAUUCCUGGCUCUUGUUUACUGCAGGGGUUUAACAUGGGACUUCUCAUCCGAAGUUUUAGUUAUUUUUAUUGUGUGCAUUGUGAUGGGUGCUUUUGCCAGCUUCCGCACCACAUUCCCUCUCUGGACUUCUUCAAUAGCUUACUUCCUCUACCCCUUCUCACUAGCAUUGGUCUAUGUUCUAGAUUAUGUUUUUGGUUGGUCAUAGUCUCAUGCAAGUUGAAGACUUUUGUGUUUGGGUGCUCUUUGAUGUGCACCUUGUGUUUGAUAUUUCUUUAUGCAAGUGAAUGUUGCAGUCGGACUAUGAACACAUUUUUGGAGAUGUUAGUAUGGUUCUCAAUUUUUCUGGAUAUAUUAGUGCAUUUAUUAAGCAGGUUCAAAAGGCCCGUGCUUUGUUUCUGUCCAA